AUGAGAAAUUUAAGAGGGAUCCAAUAUGAGCAAUGGAAGCCUCCUGCGCAAUAUCAGAACAGACCUAUAACGGCGGCGGCGUGGGAUCUGGCAAAUGAUGCUGUCGUUUGUACCGCUGGUCCUACCGAAAAUGACGCAGUAAUACAACUUAUUAGAGUCAAGACAACCUCGAAAUCACAUGAGGAUACUCUCAUCACAUCAUGGGAAGCGCCAUCACCAAAUCCGGAUUUGGCCUGUGACAAAGUUUUAAGUCUUCAUCAUUUUGGAGAUAGCUUGACAACAUGUCUUGUUCUUGCAGGGGGCGACAUCAUUGUCGUUAGAGAAGAUCCUCAACCUGGUGAAGGUCAGAUUGAAAUCAUGGGCUCAGUUGAUGCUGGUAUCACUGCGGCAAGAUGGUCACCUGAUGAAGAAUUGUUGGCAAUCACAACCAAGGAAGAUACCGUCAUCUGGAUGAGUCGCAGCUUCGAUGGCGUUGCGGAUACUACCAUGACCAAAGAGGACCUGAAAGCUUCGAACCAUGUAUCUGUUGGUUGGGGUAAGAAGGAAACGCAAUUCCAAGGCAGAGGAGCCAAAGCUUUACGAGAUCCGACUAUGCCUGAGAAGACUGAUGAAGGUGUUCUAAGUCAAAAUGAUGAUUCGAGUGUCACUAUCAGCUGGAGAGGCGAUGGAGCCUAUCUUGCUAUAUCUACUAUUGAAUCGGCUUCCCGUCGUAUAAUACGAGGUAUAUUCUAG